UUCAUACCAUAUCCAAAUAGACAUUUAUAUAUCUUCUUCCUUGCAAACCCCUUUAUAAAUCGAGUUCCAAAUUGCACCAAAAACUAUGUCUCUUCCAUAUAUUGCCACGAAAAACAUCGACAACCGCUGCCCUAGAAUGAAGGACAAGAAGGUGGAGGUGCCACACACUGAAUUGCAGUUUAGAAUGAAGGACAAGAAGGUGGAGGUGCCACACACUGAAUUGCAGUUGAAAGGUAUAUUUAAAAGCUUUGACACAGACGGAGAUGGAUAUCUAAGCAGGAAAGAACUUAGAAAUGCCUUCUCUAGCCUUGGUUCGUCUGCCCCUCGCUGGCGAGCUUUUCGAGCACUUUGGCAUGCUGAUAGUAAUAAAGAUGGACGCAUCAGCGAGGCCGAGUUGGGAAAUCUUGUGACAUAUGCUUUGAAACAUGGUUAUACCCUUGAGUAAGCCUUGUUGCAUGUACUUAAAAUUAUCAAUUGUUAGUCUUAUAUAUAUAUAUAUACUCGCAUAGAAGGAAUCAUGUUUCUAAUGUAAUAGAUCUUGAAUCAUGAUGAUAUAUAUAGAUAUUUGAUACAGAUCAUGUACAUACAAUCUAUAUAAAUACAAUAUUUAUAUAAACUCAAAACCUUGGUUUUCG